AUGAUAAUCAACAAGUCCGUAAAUGUUGCAAGAUCCCUCAACCCUUCUCAAUCAGCUACAUUUGGGUUCACCGGAGUACAUUCUAACACCAGACGGCCGGGAAUAAAGGAGGUCUGGUCUUCUCGUCCACAAAUUGUGGAUAUCCCAACAAACGGUGCGCUAAACCGAAGUUCGUCUGCCAAGAGCGAUAAUUCACAACGAACCGACUCAGAGCAGGACUCAGUGAAUUUAGAGAGGCCCAACGCCAAAGAGGAUCGACCUGGUGAGGCAGAGAAGCCAGGGCUUGUGCGAGAGAUGUUGCUUGCCAUUAAAGACAAUGGAACAGACAGUGCGAACGCUGGUCCGGGGAAGAGAGAGAGGCUAAAAGAACUCGACAAAUCCAACGAACUCGGACCCAGAAACGAGGGGCCGCAGGAUUCGAUGAGCUUUCGUGAUAGCCUGAACGAAGUUGAAAAGCUCUUGUUUGACUAUCUCAACCGGCGAACCGCAGAAGACAUUGACUCCGAGUCUUGGCGCUCACGUUCGAGGCUGGCCAGACAGAAGCAGAUGUCUGGAAACGGGACGCAUGAUAUCCAAGCAAGCGGGCAUGCAGUGAAGCAUCAGCUUGAGGUGGAAGAGAAGAAUACAUUGCCACUCUCAGACGCCGAGUGGGACUACCAGCAAAUGAAGCUGUCCACAAUCAGCCGGAUUGAAAAGCUACUUUCACAG